GGGUAAGGGAGCGGGGCUGAUUGUUUACAGCCUGUGGUGGAGGCUGUUGCCGGCGGUGAGCUAAUCUGCCUUGGUUAUCGCGCUUCCCCUCCAAGGCUUCAAAAUGGCAUCCUUGUUGACUUGUGGCAUGAAAAUUCUUCCUACCAUCAUUCCACGGGCAGCCAAAUUCUCUUUGAGAUCUUUCAGCUGCUCAUCCCAGUUAUUCGCAACAGUUCAGGCCAAAAGUAAGAAAACCCUAGCUAAAAAUGGGAUGAAGAAUAUUGUAGUGGUGGAUGGUGUUCGCAUUCCAUUUUUGCAGUCCGGGACCUCGUAUACAGAUUUAAUGCCACAUGACUUGGCCAGGGCAGCACUGAUAGGCUUGCUAUGUCGGACUGAUGUGCCUAAGGAAGCUGUUGAGUACAUUUUGUUAGGCACUGUUAUCCAAGAAGUGAAAACAAGUAAUGUUGCUAGAGAGGCUGCUUUGGGAGCUGGCUUCUCUGACAAAACUCCUGCUCACACUGUCACCAUGGCUUGCAUAUCUUCCAACCAGGCAAUGACGACUGCAUAUAGCCUCAUCGCAUCUGGCCAGAUGGAUGUGGUCAUUGCUGGUGGUGUUGAAUUGAUGUCUGAUGUUCCUAUCAGACAUAGUCGGAAGAUGAGGAAGAUUUUGCUUGGAUUUUCAAGAGCAAAAGGAUUGGGCCAGAAGUUAUCCCUGAUCUCCAAAAUCCGUCCUGAUUACUUUGCACCUGAGCUCCCUGCAGUGGCAGAAUUUUCCACCAACGAGACCAUGGGUCAUUCAGCAGAUCGCCUGGCAGCUGCUUUUGCUAUCUCACGUUUGGAGCAAGAUGAAUAUGCUCUCCGUUCACACACUCUGGCCAAGAAAGCACAAGAUGAGUCCCUUCUCACAGAUCUGGUAGCGUUCAAAGUGCCAGGAAAGGACACUGUGGUGAAGGAUAACGGCGUCCGGCCAUCUUCAUUGGAGCAGAUGGGUCGACUGAAAGCUGCUUUUAUCAAACCAUAUGGGACUGUAACAGCUGCCAACUCCUCUUUCCUGACUGAUGGAGCUUCAGCAGUUCUCUUAAUGACUGAAGAAAAAGCUUUGGCAAUGGGAUACAAACCAAAGGCCUACCUCAGAGAUUUCAUAUAUGUAUCCCAAGACCCAAAAGAUCAGCUUCUGCUUGGGCCAACAUAUGCUACUCCCAAAGUUUUGGAAAAAGCUGGCCUAACAAUGGCAGACAUUGAUGUGUUUGAAUUUCAUGAAGCGUUUGCAGGACAAAUUUUAGCAAAUCUCAAAGCCCUGGAUUCAGAUUGGUUUGCCCAGAACUACAUGGGCAGAAAGUCAAAGGUUGGAGCUCCUUCUCUGGACAAAUUUAAUAACUGGGGUGGAUCCCUGUCCUUAGGGCAUCCUUUCGGUGCUACUGGCUGCCGUUUAGUAAUCACAGCUGCCCACAGGUUGAAGAAGGAAGGGGGACAAUAUGCCUUAGUGGCAGCAUGUGCUGCUGGAGGACAGGGCCAUGCAAUGAUAGUUGAGAAUUAUCCGCAGUAAGGAGGUGAAAAUUGGCACGAGGGGAUUUGCCUGUUAUCUGCAAGACAGCGAAUGUAGUAAUAAUGCUCCAAAAUAUAUCUCUGGACUUUCCUACAAAGGACUCUCAGUGGCUUUUAUUAAUAUUUUCUAGUGCCUUCAAAAACUUGUUUCACAGUAAAUGGAGAAAGCCACAUAUAUUUCAUCUGAAUAUUUAAUGUUAAUAUAGAUUUCCUGCCACUUGACAAUACCUGACUACUUUUUCCCUCCGUGAGAAUAAUAUUGUAAGUUGGCAUGCUGCGUUCUGCAAAGUUGUCUGGUAAUGAGCGAUAAAGCAAAAUUUGCUAUGCAAAGAGAAUAGUUCUUAACAG